AUGAACAUUGUCGAGUCUCUUUUUGGCAGGGCCAAAUCGCCAGCAGAGCGUCUCAGACAACAUCAGAGAACGCUGCAGAAAGCGCAAAGGGAGCUCGAUCGCGAGCGCACAAAACUUGAGCAGCAGGAGAAGAAGCUUACCCAAGAUAUCAAGAAGAGCGCUCGAGCUGGUCAAAUGCCCGCAUGCAAGGUAAUGGCGAAGGAUCUGGUCCGCACACGAAGACACAUCCACAAGUUCUAUCAGAUGAAGACACAAUUGCAAGCCGUUUCGCUACGCAUCCAGACACUCCGCAGCAACCAGCAGAUGGCCGAAGCCAUGAAAGGCGCAACAAGGGCGAUGGGCACUAUGAAUCGCAGCAUGAACUUGCCAGCCAUUCAACGUAUCAUGCGUGACUUUGAACGCGAAAGCGCCACCAUGGACAUGAAGGACGAGAUGAUGGGCGAAGCAGUCGACGAAGCCAUGGACGACGAAGACGAAGGCGUUGGAGAGGAGGAGGAAUCGGACAACAUUCUCAAAGAGGUGCUUGACGAGAUCGGCGUUUCGGUGGGCCAGCAGUUGGGCGAGGCGCCUACUGCGGCACUCUCGGCCCCAUUAGCCGCGCCACAGCAACGCAUUGCGAUCGGUGAAGGAGCUAGCGGAGGAGGAGGAUUCGGCGGUGGUGGCGGUGGCGGUGGCGGCGGCGGUGCAUCCAAGGACGAAGAUGCUCUUCAGGCUCGUUUGGACAAUCUAAGGAGGGAUUGA